AAUGGCGACCGCGGCUACCUAGUGAUUUUUUUUAUUUUUUAUUUGCUGCCCGGGGUUUAGAUGGCGACAACGGCGGCUUGCUCAGCGCUUUUGAGGCGCCUUGGCGCCCUGACGGGGCGCUUCAGGCUCGGAACAACGCGGGGGCUAGGUCUUUGGCGAACGGCCCCUUUCCCUCCACCGCCGUCUUCUUUUUUCGCCACGGCUCUCCAGCAACGCAACCUGAGCGGUGGAGCGCACCAGGAAGAGAAGGCGACUCAGGACUUGAAGGCCGCGUCGGGGUACAGGCUCGUGUACACGUGUAAGGUGUGUGGGACGCGGUCAGCCAAAACCAUUUCCAAGGCAGCAUAUCACCAUGGUGUGGUGAUUGUGAAAUGUCCUGGCUGCCAAAACCAUCACAUCAUUGCAGAUAACCUGGGCUGGUUCUCGGACCUGGCUGGGAAAAGGAACGUGGAAGAAAUCCUCGCAGCUAGGGGGGAGAAAGUUAGGCGUGUGGCUGGUGAAGAUGCCUGGGAAAUCCUGUUGGAGGACCCUCAGCAGACAGGAACCUCGGACCAGCCUCCCGAUGGAGACGCAGGAGGACGUCUGAUGUGACUGGAUUGCUCCAGUCUCUUUCGAGUGGCGGGGAUACAAAAAGACUUUGUGGCAGUUAUUUCAGAUACUUUAAUUCAUCUCUUCGAACCUCCUGGCCCCUCACUUCUUCUCAAUUGUAAAUAACCCUAAAAGUGGUUCCCAAAAAGUUUUAAAAAAUUGAAAUCAAGGAAAAUUUACAAUAAAAAAUUUAAACAUAAAGUGAGUUAAAAUACUAUACAACCGGUUAAGAUUCACACCAACUUUCUUUACUUUUUAUAACAAUUUAUUAAAUUUUUGCUGGAAGCGAUUGGGGGAUCCAAGCAAUGCGUUGGUCGAUGGAACCGCUGGGCUAAGCUGGCUUGGAGAGGCUGCUGUUGAUGGCCUGCGUCUCCUUGAGACAGUCGCUAUCCGUGGCUGCUUCUUAAGAGCAAAGAGAAGCAGAAAGACCAGAUGCCUCCGCUGCCCUCACUUCUGAUCAGAUGCUGUGCCAAUAACACAUUCGCUGACUUUUCUGGUUUUAUUCUAUUUUAUUUUGCAAUAUUACAUUCAGUUACACAUUUUAUCAUUCUUUACAAUCCAUUCCAGAUUGUGCUAUAUAUAAAAAUCUAUGUGUAAAUGUAUAUUUUCCUUAUUUCUACCAUUGUGUCUUCCCUCCACCAGAGCUUGACUUCUUUUGUUUUUCAUUACUUGUAAUUAAUAUUAUUUACUUAUUCCCCAGUAACCAUCUUUCGGUAUUUUACCCUUAACUUUAUGAACUUCAGCCAAUGCAUAUCAAUAUCUGAUUUUUGAUUUUAAUCUGUAUAUCUUGACCAGUUUGAUGGUGGUCAUGUACCACCUGUACAUCAUCUUCAUCAGGUUUCUCUUAUUGUGUAGCAAGCAGUAAAUCUAACAUCUUGCUUCCACAAUUUUCCCCAUUGCUCUAUCUAGAUGGUAUAUCUGAAAUCUUGGGCCCACAUGAUCAUCACCUCUUUUACUUCCUCAUCUUUUAAGUCCCACUCUAACAGUAAAUUAUAGGCUUUUGAUAAUAAUUUCCUUGUGUUUUCUAAU